CAGUUUAAAAACCAGUGAAGAAGAAGAUCACAAGCGGAAAUAAACAAACCUGGAAACUCAAUUCCAGUUAGCAUAGAGAGUUUGAUUAAGUUCUUGCAAGAAAAAGUAUUUCAGUUACAAUUCAACAAUGUCAUCGGUUCAAAGUAUGAGACAGUUUGUCUGUGAUCGGCUAACUGCGGCUGCUCAAGAAAUAUUGGGAGCAUUUGAAAAGAAAUUAGAAGAUUACGAGACAGAAAUAGCCCGUCAGCGCAGACUGUUGGAUUCAGUUUUCACAGCUGAGAUAAAGUUACAACGAGCAGAGCUCACACAGACAUCUGUCAGUAUGGAGCAGAAUGUUCUCCUGAACCAGCAGCAGCACUGUACCCAGCAGACCAGCCCCAGUCUUGCCCCACCCAUUAUUUCACAAAUUAAAGAGGAACUUGAGGAAAUGUGUGUCAGUCAAGAACGCCAGCAGCUGACAGAGCAACGGGAGAUUCACGCCAGUAAGCCGACUCCAGCUUGUGAGGAGAAUGUCCACUGUGAUCAGUCCCAAGCUUUGGACCAAAUGGCGAAUAAGGAUUGUCCAUCUAGAAACUUGAACAAAAAUACAUUAUCUGGAUCUGACAAGGAGAGUUCUGCUGCAUCAGAGCCAAACAGUGACCACCAGCUUAUCCUAACUUGCACCCAUGGAAGUACAACACCAGCUAGAAAUGCUGAGCCAGCAUCAUAUGAGAAAAGCAAUGAGGAGAACACAACAUCGGCUUCAAGUACAGAGCAAACGACAGUUAACAAAAGCAAUGAUGGGAACACAAUACCAUGUGGAAGUACUGAACCUAAACCAAAUAAGGAAUGUUACAAUAACACCACAGCAGCUAGUGGCACAGAGCUAACAUCAAAAGAGACACAUAAUGAUGAGAAUCCAACAUCAGAAGGAAGUCGUGAGUCAGCACCUAAUAAGAAAAGCCAAGAUGAGAACAUAACAUCAGCAAGUACUGAACUAACAUUAAAUCUGAAGACAACAUCAAAAGGAAACAGUGAUCCAGUACUUGAUAAGACACAUUAUGAUGAUGACACAAGAUCAUCAAUUAGAAUUACUGAGCCAACACCGCAGAAUAAACCAGAUUAUGGAGGAACAACACCACAGAAGAAAUGUAAUGAUAAGACCACAACAAGUGGAGGCACAGAGCUCAUACCAAACGAGAAACCUAAGGAUGAGAUACCAACAUCAAAAGGAAAUAGUGAACCAGUGCUAAGUGAGAGAGGCCAAGAUCGCAGACCAACCUCCACUGGAAACAUUGAGCAAACACUAAAUAAAAGAUGUAACAAUGAGAAGACAACAUCAGCUAAAAGUACUGAUCAGGCAGCAGACAGAAAGCCCAAUGAUGAGAAAGUAGCACAAACAUUAAGUACUAAACCAGCACCCAAUAAGCACAAUGGUGGGAACACAACUUUUACUGGAAGUAAUGAGCCAAAACCAAAUGAGAACUGUAACAGGGAGAACACAACAUCACCUACACGUACUGAGCCAAUGACCCAGAGGAAAGGUGACAGCAAGACCACAACAUCACAUGUAGGCCUCAAACAAACACCAAAUGAGAAAUGUAAUGGUGAGGACCCAACACCAAAAGGAAACAGUGAGGCAGCAUUAAAUAGGAGAAGCUCAGAUGGGAGACCAGUCUCAAACGACAAGACAACAUCAGCUACAAGUACUGAGACAAAAGCAAAAAGAAAGCCAAAUGAUGCUAAAGCAACACCCAGUAGUUGUGGGGAAACAACUUCUGGAAGUAUUGAGCCAACACAACAUAAGAGUUCAAACACUGAGAUCACGACAUCAGCUAAAAGUACUGAACCAACACCGCAUAGGAAAUCCAGCGAUGGGAAAUUAACAUCCACGGCAAGUACUGAGUCAACACAGCAAAAUAAGAAACAUAAUGAUGAGUUAACACCAAAGAAGAAACCCAGCAGUGGAAAUACAGUGCAUACAAGAGGCAGGUCAACACGUUAUAAGAGACAAAAUGACAGUACCACAACAUCAAAUGGAAGUACUGACCCGAGGCCAAAUAAGAAACCCAAGAAUGAGAAUACAACAUCAAAUGGAAGCAAAGAAGGAACACAAAGUGAGCAAUGCAAGUAUGAGAGCACAACACCAAAAAGGAAAAAUGAGAACAAAUCAGAUAAUAGUAUGCAAGAUACUAAUGACCCCUACAUGUGUGACAUGUGUGGUAAAGUGAUGACUAAUUUCAAGAAUUACAAAUUUCACAUGAAAUCGCACACUGUUGAAAAGACUUACAAAUGUGAAACUUGUGGGAAAAUGUUCCGGGAGAGCUGGGAUUUGAAUAAACACGUAGUAAUCCACUCUGUUGAGAAGCCUUUCAAAUGCAAGGUUUGCGGAAACGGAUUCAACCGUCGUUAUAACCUCGACCUGCAUGUUCGCGUUCACACCGGGGAAAAGCCGUUCAAAUGUGACACCUGUGAUAAAAGCUUCAGCUCAUGCGUGAAUAUGAAGAAGCACAUGAGGAUUCACACAGGCGAGAAGCCUUACACCUGCAGGGACUGCAGGAAGGAGUUUGCAGAUUCUUCUGCUUUCAGGAAUCAUCUGCGAGUCCAUUCUGGGGAGAAGCCCUUUGAGUGUUCCCUUUGCAAGAAAAGAUUUACUACUGGGACAACUUUGAAAAGGCACACCAGAACACACACAGAGCUCCCACAGCAACAUGUCUGUAAGGAAGAGGAGGAGGAGGAGGAGGUUCUCGCUGACCGGCAGCUCUGGAACCUGGAGAGGAACUCCGGUGUGGAUCAAGAGGACCCAGAGCCUCCACAGGUUAAAGAGGAACAGGAGGAACUCUGCAGCUGUCAGGAGGAAGAGCAGCUUGACCUGAAGCAGGAGACUGAUACCUUUAUGUUGUCUUCUACUUAUGAGCAAAGUGACCACCAGGUCCUCUGUAACUACUCUCAUGCAGAUGAGAGCCAAGAUCAGAAAGGAGAUCUCCUGCAACAACAUGUAUGUAAGGAGGAGGAGGUUUUCUCUGACCGGCAGCAGGAACAGGACAGGAACUUCAGUCUGGAUCAAGAGGACCCUCAGUCUCCACAGAUUAAAGAGGAACAGGAGGAACUCUGCACCAGUCAGGAGGAAGAGCAGCUUGUCCUGAAGCAGGAGACUGAUAGCUUUAUGUUGACUCCUACUUGCAAUCACACUAAAUUCAAUAAUCAAACUCUGCUUUUAGAUCCUGAACGAACUCAGUGGAGUGCAGCAGAGGAAGAUCCUCUUGACAAAAUCCGUAUUAAAUGCGUAAAGUCUGAAUCUGACAGGAUGAAUUCUGGAGUGUCAGGACCAAACAAUGACCAGCAGCACCAUGAAGCCUCGGCACCAACGACGAAUACCGAAGUGAAGAAGAAACGCAGCGCAGAGAAUACAUCAGUUACAAGUGCUGAGCGAAAACAGAAGAAGAACCCAAGGAACAUAACAUCAACAAGAAGCACUGAGACAGAACAAGAGAAGAAAAAUGAAGAUGGAGAUGAAAGAUCAGCUGUAAGUAUUGAGCCUGACCCAAAAAUCAGAAUUUACAAAUGUGACGAUUGCGGUAAACCCUUUUCUUACUUGAAAAAUUUGAAAGUUCACAUGAGAAUCCACACUGGUGAAAAGCCUUUCAAGUGCAGCCACUGUGAAAGGAUGUUCAUACAUCAGUCUAUCUUGAAACGACACAUAAAAACUCACACAGGAGAAAAGCCCGUCCAGUGCAGCCUAUGUGGGAAGAAGUUCGCCCAGGUCACCGAAGUAACUAAACACAUGAGAACUCACACAGGUGAGAAGCCGUACGUCUGCAACACCUGUGGGAAAAAAUUCAGCUGCGGCGCUAAUAUGAAGAGGCACAUGAGGAUUCACACAGGUGAGAAGCCUUACACCUGCAGCUACUGCGUAAAGGAGUUCACAGAUUCCUCGUCGCUGAAGUACCACCUUCGAGUGCACACAGGGGAAAAGCCUUAUGAAUGCCCUGGAUGUAGGAAGAGAUUUACACUUAGCGCGACUUUGGCAAAGCACGUUAGAACCCACACAGGUGAAAGGCCAUAUAAGUGUAACACCUGUGGAAGCAGUUUUUCCCAAAAACCAGACUUGACAACACACAUUAGGAUCCAUACAGGGGAGAGACCAUUCAAAUGCAGUGUCUGUGGAGAAGGGUUCAUAAGCAACGCAAAACGCAAGAAUCACAUGAGAGUUCAUACAGACGUUUCAUUGAGCAGUUCGUGAAAGACGUGACUGUGCUUUAUGGAUCUUGUGAAAUGUUUUUGUCACGUUAAAGCACUGAACUUACUGAUCUUGGAGGAUUUUGUCUUGGUUUUACAGAAAUGUAUGUCUGACCUCUUGCACCUAAACAAUGACUGGAAAGUGGAAGUGGAUUCAGAGACAGAUCCGUUGCUGGACCUGGACUCAACUGCUGUCAAGGGUCUUAACUGAAUUUUGAGACGAGUGGCAGGGUGCACUGCUGCAAAACUUGAACAAUGUAUCAUUGGUGGUGCAAUGUGGGCAAACAAGAGCCCAUAAAAGACUAUUUAUCUGUGAGUGACACAGUUUUGUCAGUAUUAGUUUAAUUUAAAACACUCCUUGGUCAACACAACAAAUGCCUCUUUUGUCAGAAAAAAAGCAAUCAUUCCAUGGUUGUUGUUGGUUUAUUUAUUUGCACUGUUAAAUUUUUGUAUUUUUGAAUAGGCAGUAUUGUGUGCGUGUGUUAAAGUGUGAAGUGUGAGUACAUGUGUGGGCUGUUUCUGCUUUUCUGCUGCUGUCAGCUUCUUGUAGUGGCUAAAAGUUUUUGUUUUUGCUUGGCAAAGAUUUUCUCAUAAUUUAUUUGCGUCUACCUCAUUUAAAGUGUAAAAUGACACGUUAACAAGUUAAAUAAAGUCCCUCAGAAAUCA